AUGCGUCUCCCCUCCCUCCUCACCCUGCUCUCCUCAGCAACAACCACCCUAGCCGCCGCCAUCACCCCCACCAACACCACCACCAACACCACCCUCCCCACCCCCCUCUCCCGCCUCUCCCCCCUCAAACACCUCAACACCACCCGCCUCCGCAUAACCUACCACGAAAGCGGCCCGGCCACCGGCCCCCCCGUGCUCCUCCUCCACGGCUGGCCCUACUCCAUCGACAGCUACACGCACGUGGCCCCCGCGCUCGCCGCCGCCGGCCACCGCGUCAUCGUGCCCUACCUGCGCGGACAGGGCCCGACCACCUUCCUGCGUCCGGACACGCCGCGCUCCGGGGAGCAAGCGGCGCUGGGGGAGGAUGUGGUCGAGUUGAUGGAUGGGCUGGGGAUUGGGAGGGCGGUGCUGGCGGGGUAUGAUUGGGGCGGGAGGGCUGCCAAUGUGGUUUGUGCGUUGUCUCCGGAGAGGUGUGCCGGGUUGGUGUCGGUGAAUGGGUAUUUGGUGCAGGAUUUGGAGAGGGCGUGGGUGCCGCUGGAUGUGAAGAUCGAGGCGGGGUUUUGGUAUUUUUAUUAUUUUCUGACGCCGAGGGGGGAGGCGGCGUUGGCGGAAAAACCGAAGGAGAUUGCGAGGUUGGUGUGGGAGAGGAAUUCGCCGUUGUGGAGGUUUACGGAGGAGGAUUUGGAUCGGGCGGCCGAGACGUUUGAGAAUCCGGAUUAUGUGUCUGUGGUGACGCAUGUAUAUCGGCAUCGGCUGUUUUACGCGCCGGGGGAUCCGGAUUAUGCGGAGGCGGAGAAGAAGUUGAGGAAACUGCCUCCGAUUACGGUACCGGCGGUGACCUUGGAUGGGCUGGCGGAUGGAAAUUUCCCUGCCACGGAUGGGACGUCGAGUGCGAAGUAUUUCACGGGUCCGCGGGUGCAUCAUCAGGUUGAGGGUGCCGGGCAUAAUCUGGCCCAGGAGAAGCCGCAAGCGUUUGUGGAUGCUGUUUUGGAAGUUGUGAAGCUGGCAAGAGACUCUUCAUAG